AUGGCCGAGUUGGCAGGUCCUUUCCUCGAGGCAGGAGCCAGUAAAUCACCGUUGGCCGACACAAAGGACGCCGAGGAUGGACCUCGUCCCGUAGAUGGAAUAUCUGGCUUAUAUGAAGGAAAUGUUUUCGAAGCGUCCCCGGAUGAUCGACGCCAAAUCGGCGUUUUCAGUGCGACGGGACUGAUCUUCAACCGGGUUGUCGGAACAGGCAUCUUUGCGACACCCGGUACCAUCUUGUCUCUAUCUGGCAGUGUGGGCCUUGCUCUGUUCAUGUGGGUGAUUGGAACUAUCAUCGCCCUGGCUGGCACAGCAGUCUAUCUGGAAUGGGGAACUGCAAUCCCAAGAAAUGGAGGCGAGAAGAACUACCUCGAAUACAUCUACAAGAAACCUAAGUUCCUCGCAACGGCCAUGUUCGCCGCCUAUGCCUUUCUGCUUGGGUGGGCCGCCAGCAACAGCGUCGUUUUCGGUGAAUACAUCCUCAACGCCGCAGAGGUUGAGAUCGGACGCUGGAACCAACGUGGUAUUGGCCUGGCCUGCCUCACGACGGCAUUCGUUAUCCAUGCCUUCGCUUUGAAAUGGGGCAUUCGCCUUACAAAUCUUCUUGGUGUGAUCAAACUGAUCAUCAUUUUGUUCAUCGUGGUCUGUGGCUGGGUUGCACUCGCUGGUCAUACGACGAUUGAACCGCCGAAGAACUUCACCAACGCCUUCGAGGGCACGAAGGGUAGUGGAUAUAGUAUUGUGAUGGCGCUAUACAACGUUAUUUGGUCUUUCAUCGGAUAUUCCAAUGCCAACUACGUCCUGAGUGAGACCAAGGACCCUGCUCGCACCUUAAAGAGGGCCGCACCAGUAGCAAUCGUCUCUGUAGGAAUUCUUUACAUGCUAGUCAACAUCGCCUACUUCGCUGCAGUACCGAAACAAGAGAUUCUCGAUUCUGGAACUGUGGUUGCAGCCGCGUUCUUUCGAAACAUGUUUGGAAAAAAAGCCGAGAAAGUCUUGUCAGUCCUCGUGGCUCUGUCGGCAUUUGGCAACGUCCUAUCUGUUCUUUUCUCGCAAGGUCGAAUCGUCCAAGAGCUGGGUCGUGAAGGUGCCCUCCCCUUCUCCAAAAUCUGGGCUAGCAACUGGCCCUUGCACUCCCCUGCCGCCGGCCUUUUCGAGCACUAUCUGGUGUCGGCCAUUAUCAUGCUGGCACCACCUCCCGGCGAUGCCUACAACUUCCUUCUAAAUCUGAUCUCAUACCCUCUCUCAAUCAUCAAUAUCUUCGUCGCUGGCGGCCUUGUCUACAUUUACCUGACAAAAGCAAAGAAUUUCCCUAACUGGUCUCCCGGAAUCAGAGCUACGCUGCCAGUCGCUAUAUUCUUCUUGCUAUCGAACAUUUACCUGGUCAUCGCACCAUAUAUCCCUCCGACUGAUGGGCAGAGUGUGUACGAGGAGCUACCAUAUUUCUUGCACUGCGUCGUUGCUCUAGGAGUAUUUGCUCUAGGCGCAAUGUACUACCUUGUCUGGGCUGUGCUGCUCCCUCGUUGGGGCGGAUAUGUCUUGGUUAAGGAGUCUGUGGUAGACGCGGAUGGGUGGUCGCGCAGUGUCUUCACGCGUGUAUCGAGAAAAACGGGAUCUUGA